UGAACACAACUGGGGGCCACGGUAGGCCUUGUUUUGUGGCUGGCUGGUGCGUAUUGCGCAUGUGCGGUUUUCUAUUAGCCGGGGCGUAGGGGUCAGCUUGCUUGUAGGGGAAUCCGUCUGUAUAAAUUCCUAGUCAUUCUCGCCGUCGCCAUGGCCUGCGCCGCCGCUGACGUGUCCCACAUCGUCAGAUCUGACGACUACGAGGUCCCCAUCGUCAAGUCAGGCUACGAGCUCAGCCCCGAGGGUGCCUUCCAGUACUUCUACGAAGCAGGCAACGGCAUCGUCGCCCAGGCUGACGGUGUUAUGAAGAGAGUGAGCUCUGCUGACGAGCCCGCUCUUGAAGUCAGGGGAUCCUUCAGAUACAUCUCCCCCGAUGGCACUCCUGUGGAGACCACAUACGUCGCCGGCGAGCAAGGAUACGUAGCCAGUGGUAGCCACCUCCCAGUCCCUCCACCAAUCCCAGAGCUGAUUCUUCGUGGUCUUGCCUACACCGCAGCACACCAACCCGCUACAGUUGAAAAGGUCUACAAGCCCUAAGUACCUAGUGACGUUCGUAGUAAAAUUAUGUAGACAAAUUAAUAUACUGGCACUUGGACUCGAUAAUUGGAUUUCGGACGUUGUUUUGUUUUUAUGUUAAGCGGCCUAACAAAUGUAAGUUAAUGAGUUGUAAUAAAGUCUGACAU